AUGUCGGAAGCCUCGGAGGAUGGAGGAAAAGAUGCUCAGGGCAAUAAUCUCUAUGCGGCAUUGGCUCGCACUUUCACGCGUAGCGCUGCACUCUACUUUUCUCGCCCUGUUCGUUUGUUUCGCCCCAGCAAGAUUAGUGGAUGGCAUUCUUUGAAGGGAAUUGCUACUCUUGAGGGCACCUCCCUCUCCCCGACAUUCGUCUCACAGCUCGUGAAGAGUCAAGGCAUCAUGGUCAUACCUAAACAUUUCUUUCCUCCCCUCAUAGUCAAUGCUGCUCUCGGGACUGUCCUUUGGGCAUCGUACGCCGAGGCCUCUACCGCCCUUGAACCUUAUCUUGGGACCAGCCCCGUCAUGUUAGCAGCAAGCUCUGGAGCUGUAGCCGGAGGAUGUCAAGCUCUUGUCGCCGCUCCCGUUGAGAACGUACGACAUGCCAUCGAACGUGGAACAAUGACCGGAGGUGGAUGGUCUCAUGCCUGGCGAGAGGUCUUCCGAGGCCCCUUGGCUACUAGUUCUCCUGUAACGAAGCGGGAUAAGAAAGAGGAGCUUCGCCAAUUCAGAGCAUGGUCACAAGAAGUCCGGGAUAUGGCAGGACGUGGAUGGGAGGGUUGGGGCUGGGGCAUUGCGAAAGAUGUGUCUGGAUUUGCGGUCUUUUUUGCGAUCUUUGAGGCCACCCGUCGGUUUGCCGGGAAUAUGAGGCUUUUGUCACAGUCCGCCUAUCGAUAUCUCGGGCUUGAUACCGACGAUGAGCGCCGCUUUCGCCGACACUUCCCCCGCGUAGUCCACGGCCUCACUCUCGUCUCAGGAGGUGUAGUAGCUGGCUUGGCAUACGAAGUGCUCAGCCGCCCAUGGGAUACCGCCCGCAGAGUCGUCUAUCUGGAUCGCGUCCGCACCAGAGCUAACCAUGAACCCAAGCACUUCGCUCUCACAGCCGUCAUUGAAAAGGCGCGCGAUGACGGGGUUCUAUCCUUCUUUCGCGAUGCAUCGUCCCCCAGCACGGAAACAGCACCUCCUCGACGGCGCAUGUUGUACAAUACUCUUCGCAUAGUAGGCCGUGCGGGGCCUUGGGGCAUAGGUUUCUUGGUAUGGGAAGCAUUUGGUCCUGGUAUUGCCUAG